AUGUCAAACUUAAGGCUUAGUGGAACUGACCCUAUAUAUCUUCUUGCUCUCUCACUCUUCACAGUAGUCGUCCUCUUGUUAACAAAUUUUAUCUCACGACUUCUCCAAUUAGAAGCUGCUCUUCUUUCUGUGCGGGUCACAACAAAUAAGCAGUGUACUGUGAUGGCUAUGGAAAUAAAAUGCAUAACUUGGGUUGGUAACAUGUUACAGAAGUUUGAGGAUAUUUAUUUGGAUAUGGAAGACGCAGCAUUUGAGGAAACUGUCAAGUACCUAGGGAAUCAGAUGCAGACUGUUGGGGAAAGUGUUAAACAGAUCUGUUCAGAUGUCAUGCAAGAUUUACUUCCUUCACCUUCAUGUGAUUUGGAUGAAACAUCAGCCUCUGAGUUGCUUAUAGAUCAAAAUACUGAUGCUGGGCAAACAACUAAGGAUUCAAGGAUCAAUGAUGAGGUUAAUGAUGUAAUCCAUGCUGAAUCCUGUGAUUCUAAUGCUUUUUUCAGUUCAGCUUCUUGUAAUUCUGUCAAGGAGUACAACAAAUCAAACCUCGGUGGUGAUAAACAAAAUACGAACAUCCCUGCAUCCAAGACAGUCUCUGAAAUCACUUUAUCAGUGACAGAUUCGUGCCUGGUAAAUCAAAAUCAUGCAGACACUGUUUCAAAACCAACUUUCUCUGAAUCAAUUACCGUGGCCUCUGUAGCUGACUGUUGCAAUGAAAUUGAAUCAAUUACCGUGGCCUCUGUAGCUUACUGUUGCAAUGAAAUUGAAAAUGCAAGUACUAAAGAAAUCCCUGAUGUUCUAGGAUUGAUUGAAUCAGCUGAAGCUGAAGAGAAUUCAUAUUCCUACAAUGUCCUGUUUGUAGAUCCAUAUGAAAUCAUAGAAACAUGUCUUUUGGAUGUACCAAAGACUGGUACUAUUGUUGAGCAAGGCGAUAAAACAAUGCAACAAGAUGACGAAUUGAAGCUUGAGCAAACUUGUGUUAUGGUUAUUAGAGAUGGACUUCAAUCAGUUCCCAAUGCAGGGGUUAAUCUAAGAACUAGCAAGAACAAGAAGCGGCAACCCUUUUUGUUAUCCAAGAAGGCUGCAAGGAGGCAAGAGUAUGAGGAGCUUGCAAUAUUGCACGGAAACAACAAUGAAAAGGGUGAUUGUGCAGAGAGUUUUUGUCCAAUUUUACAGGAUGAUGAUCACAAGAAGCUACUGCUUCCUGAUAUCUCUGAAUCUGAGUGGGAGCUCCUCUAA